AUGUCGCGCCCUCUCAAACCCAACCUUUCCCCCAACGCCAGCCCCGAACCUUCUUCAACAAUGAUCACGACUUGUGCGAACAAAUUUGUUGAUCAGGUGGAGUUUGAGUCUCACGUCCGCGACGCAAUCCAACGCGCAUCGAAUCCUCAAGUGUUGGUAUACACAAAAGUGAGCUCGUUGUGGGCGGAACAGACAGUGGACUCGAUUAACCAAACAAGGGACGGAUACUCAACGCGGAAAAAUUACAAUUCUUUCACCCAAGUUUUACGAAUCACAAUUAUGCCGACUGUUUUACAUGAUUGUGUUCAAACUUGGUGGCGUCUUUCCGAGAUUGCCAUGCGGGAUACUGGGGAUUUAACUGGUUAUGAACAAGCCCAAAUUGAAACACUAGUGGGCACAACCCUUGAGUUCCAAUCAGGCCCCUAUCGUUGUUCCCGGAAAGAACCUGAUUUCUUCAUUCGAGCAAAGAACGAUGCUCUCCCAUCCCUUGUGAUGGAGUCUGGGUGGAGCGAAUCAUGGAAUCAUCUUAUGGAUGAUAUGAGCCUCCUGCUCGUCGGUGGUGAUGGGGCCAUUAAUGCCGUUGUGAUCCUCAGCUGGCAACUUAACCGCCGCACGAGACUCGUGAGCGGCUUUGUCGAACUUUAUGUUCGUGAUAGAAGCGGCAUGCCAAUGCUUCGCCAACGAGAAGAUGUUUUCCCGGCCCCCCCCUCAAACCCGAACUCCCCAACGACUUGA